AUGCACCUCUGAGAUGGUUUGCCAACCGCCAAUAAACACCAAAGAAGAAGAAGGAGAAGGAGAUGAGCCAUGAAGAGGACUCUUUUCUUUAAGUUGCUCUGUGCUGCCUUCAUUUGCAUCGGAUCUUUUACAGUUUACGUCGUUUGGAAUUUAAAGGAUCAGAUGAGUGACCAGACGCUGGAGUAUUUCCUGAGUCAGAGUCAGAUCAAGAAGAGGGACGCUUCCUCGGUCCGAUGGUCGCACGCUGUGAACAGCAGGAGCAGGCUGACGGAGGCUCUCUCAGGUCCCACUCAUAUGAUCGAGGCCGACAUAAUCAUGAGAGGUCGUGACCCCAAAGAGCCAAUCAUGGGACAUCCCCCUGACACAGACGGUGACAUCACACUGAAGGAGUGGCUGGAAGGAGUGAGGGAUUAUGACAAGGGAAUCAAACUAGACUUCAAGAGCCUGGAGGCGGUGUCUCCAUCUGUCAUUUUGCUAGAGGAGGUGCUGGCUCAGCCGGGCUAUCCUGUGUGGAUCAAUGCAGAUAUCCUCUCUGGUCCUGGGGGACAGGCCAGACCUCUGGAACCUCAGGCUUUCCUUUCUGCUGUGAGAACUCUUCCUACUCACACUGUGCUUUCACUUGGAUGGACUACAGGAUGGACUGCUGGGACAGAUAACACAGGUUACAGCUGGGAUAUGGUGCGUGAGAUGGAGGAGAUAUGUAGAACCCUUAAACAUCCUGUCACCUUCCCAGUACGCGCAGCUCUCCUGGCUCAGUCCUUCUCCCAGCUCACGUGGCUGCUGCAGCAGUCAGAAAGGUACACUCUAACAGUGUGGACCGGCCAGAAUGACAAGUUCACACUACAGGACUUGCUGCCCUACAAAAAACAAUUUGACAUCAGUAGGAUCUACUACGACCUGCCGGACUCUCAAUGGACAUAGCUUUGUAUGGCAUCGCAAGACAAUAACAGAGUCUGCCAGCACAUACUGAGAAGUAUGUCUGGUGGUAGUUUCUUAACUCUGACACCAGACCAACACCCCAAAAUGGAGAGGGAAAAGUGGAACUUGUCUCUGCCAAACCUUUCCUGUGGUUUGUCUGCCAUGGACAAACAUCAUGAUAUGCUACAGCAGUGGUUCCUAAUCUGGGGUCGGGACCAUCCAGGGGGUCGCAAGAUAAAUCUUACGCCAAAUUCACCACAGAGCAGUGGUGGUUGCUCCCGAGCUCACCAAGCUGUGGCCGGUGAAGUGCUGCUAAACUAAAAGUUGGAAAAAGUUUAACUUUUAGUGGCAAAAUGUGGCCAGAGAGUACAAUCAGUUAACAGAUCCUGUGACUGCUGUGACAUGUUGACCCAUGUUUUAAGAGUUUUCUCCCACCUGAAACACAUGAACAUGACUCCCGGCUGCAGAAAGAUGUAAUGAUUGUGGCAAGCCACACUUCGUCUCAGUGUGAAUUUGGCAUCAAGUGUCAUGAUUAAUAAGAUCCUAUUUUAAUCAACCACAGGGGCACUCAAGCCUGUAGACAACGUGGGUGGUGCUACAGGUUCAUGCAACCCAAUUAAUGUGACAGUCAUGUGAAGUUUCCAUGUUGCCAUUUUGUAACAAUUUCCAUGCGAAUUUCAGCUCGUCUGUAAAAUGCCAUAAAAAAUAUAUGAUCAUGUAAAGGAUAAACCCUUUUUUAAAUAAAUACAGUAAAGGUGUUUUUUUAGAUUUCCCCCACCUGUAAAUAACUAUAAAUAAAAUGACUAAAAGUCCAGGAUUUAUA